AUGUUUGAAGGUUUUUUUUGGUUUACUUUACUUCAUUUUGUGAUAUUUCAUAUCGGAAAAACCCGCGCAGAAGCGUUUUCUUUUACUGCACGGGAUAGUUAUCUAGCUACACCUGUGUUGAAGACACUUUUAGUCGAGGACUGGCUGGGUUGUACACUAGCUUGCCAGGAUGACGCCAUGUGCAUAUCGUACAACUACGACACGUCCUCCAAGUCUUGUGAUUUGAACGAACACGGAAUACAAUCUCCAUAUACCGGGUCUGACGAACUGUUGAAAAUGCAAGGAAUGAUCUUUCAUCAAAUAAGGGUAAGUCACACGAAAAAAUAAUUUCAAGUGUUCUGUUUCGAUCACAAAGUUGAUAUGAUAUUUUUUUUCUGGGCUGAAUUUUUUUUUUUUUUACACAGAAAUAUAAACAUUGGCAAUGUAUCAACACCUCACUGAAUAUUUCCUUGCGGGCAAAAAACACAUUUCUGACGUUUUAUAAUUUUCGUGUUAAUUAUCUCUUUCCUUUCAUCAGCUAUGAUCACGAUACGAGGUAAUUUACACCAUUGACACAAGAUUUCAUUAUGGUUUUCAUGAUCUUUUACAGCCGAGCGCAGAAAACCAAACUGAUAAGAGCGCCUUUGUGUGCAUCAAUUCUUUUCCAAUUUUAAUUGCUUAGAUGAAUAUGUCGGUACGUUGAAUUGAUCACAGUUAACAAAAGACGGUUUUUCAGCGCCUGUUAUUAGUUUGGAGCUGUGAUAAAUGGCAGAUCACUUCAGCGGAAUACGAGUGAUUUCAGUUCGAAGUUUGAGAAAUUUAACCGCUAAUCUGGGGUCUUCAUCAUUAAAACUGCAACGUAGACGCAGUUUUUAGAGUCGAGUUUUGACGAAAGGAUUUUGUGAAUUUCCCUCCUUGUAUGUGCAUUCAGAGUAGUUAGAGCAACUUGCAAGUAGUUACUGAACUGUCAAACCGCUGUAAUAAUGUCCGUUGGUUUACCACUGUUUCUCGUCUGAGAAUCACAAUCAAAAUGGACGCACAUUGCCUGAUGAUAAAGAAGGAUGAGAAAACAAUUUUGUUCAGUGUGGUUUCACCUUUACUUAUGAUAGAUUGCUGUUAAGUUCUAUGUUUUAUCAAGCAUUAAACGUUGACAAUUUAAUAUCAUUCCACCUUCAAGUUAAAAUUAUUGACGCGCUAACGAACGAAAAAGAGUUUCGAAAAUCUUCUCCUUCACGCGAUUUUCCUUUGGUUAGAGAAUUGAUCUUUGAUGGUUCGUAAAAAAGAGAUGCUUGGAAUAUUCGUUCCUCUUUGCUAACGAACCAAACGGAGGGGGUUUGUAUGAAUGAUAACUUAUUACAACUAUUGCUGACUUUCUAAGGAGAGACUCUCAAAGAGAAGGCUAUAUUCACACUCUUUGAUCCAUAGCACCUGAAAACCAACAACGAGUAGUAGUAUCUAGAAGCAGCAUAACAGUAGCACAUCACAUCCUUGCAUUUACACCCGAGUGGGUUGAUCGAAGGGACCGGUAAUUAUCUUUCGGCUUAGGGGAGGGAGCUGCGGAGGACUUUUGAGUGGAUAACAUAGUUUUCAGGGAGGACCGAAGGGGAGAUCAUAAGAUAAAAAAGCCUUAUGGGAGGAUUAGUUAAAUUUUAUCAUGACAGAACCAAAAUCCUCCGAAUUCCCCUCCCAUCCCCUCUCCCCCUCCAACCAGACAAUAAAUAAAGAGCAGUUCCUUAAGCUUGAGCUGCUCAACUCAAACAUUGGCUCUCUCGUCGAAUAGAAUACAAAUCCUGUGUUUUUGGCGUUGAAAAUUUAAGAUGUUUUUUGUUCCAUGCAGCAUUUCGAUUCGUCUGAGCAUUUUGAAAUGCCAGUGCGUUGCAAUCUUUCAGUGUAUCUCAGUAAGGAGUAAAACUUCGAUGCUGAAAAUUGUAACUAGAAAAAACACCGCAAUCAUAGCCAAAGUUAUAGAGUAAAUUAAGAAUUAACCAUUUAUUUAGUGUCGUUCCCUACUUUUCCAUGAUUUGAUUUUAGAAGAUCCGAACUCAGGAGCGGUAAAAAAAAAAAUCUCUCUGGUUACGCUUAUACUGCUACAGUUCUCAAUGGCUUGUGAUUCAAGAGAACGUAUUCUCCUGUUACAAAACAACGGCUCUAAGGUGUUGGGGACGAUAUGCAGAGAACUCUUUUACGCGUAGCCGCACCAAUACAAGUCAUACCAUGAUUGAGUAAACCUUCUUUUAAUUUAAACAUUUUUACCAUUUGACAUUGCGUGUUGUUUUGACUUGAUCUUCGUACACCUACGGUAAAAACUGAAAACGAGAACCUAAAUUAACAACUCACUGGGCGAAAGCGAAACUGCAAAACGAGGCACAUGUAAUUACAUAUUUCUAUGCGAUAAACGGGUAGGAAAAGCACAAAACUUCAACAAUCAAUCAACCCAAGGUCCUGGCACGAAAUUACUCUCGCACUAAAACAUGUACUACUGAUCAUGUGACCUAAUAUAAGUCCGCAAUUCGUGCUCGGCCGCUAGUCGGCCCAAACAUAAGGCAACACAAGACUUGUUUGGUAAGAAAACUCAAGUUGCACAGCAACCCCAAAACCUGAUACUGUUCUUUACCUAUGAAACCGAAGAAAACGAAAGCUAUACAAUGGAGAAACUCUUUUUGUUAGGGUUGUGUAACUUUACGAAAAAAUACGUGACAAUAGGUUGACAACUCUAGCGUCAAGAUUAAAAUAAAAUUGGUAUUUUAAGAAUUAUCUUGAAAAAACUCCCUAAUAAGCUGUGCGUGGGCGAAUUUGACGUUAAAUUACACCAUUUCUUGAUAAUUACGUCGAAAUUAAGAGGUCUUACCAGAACUGUACUCCUGUACUCUACACUACGGAGGUAGAUAUUUACUGUUUACUAAAUUUGGUCAUUUUCUUCGUGAGGUAAUCAGUCGAUGGGUUGCAAUAUUCGUUACUCGAUCCCUUUUCUGUUUUUUCCUGAAUAAUCUCAAUGCCACCGCUGUGUUAUUCAUUUUCAGAAAGCAAAAAAACCUCUUCCUCCGCGAGAAGUUCAGCCUUCGAGUCAGUGCGACUGCAGUUGUACCUCAGAGAGUGCUUGUAGGCCUGGCGAAGGUAAAAUCAUUUAGUAAAUAAACCCUUUAACUCCCAGAAGUGAUUAACAUAAAACAUCUCCCUACAAUAUCCAUACAUUAUUCAGCAAACAGGUAAUGUGAAUAUUCAAACUUAUAAGGUAGAAGCUGCUAUCUUGAUCUAGCACCAAUUUCUCAUAACUAAUUUACAAGGAAAUGUCUAUCAGCUAAAGGGGAGAAUUAACAAUCAGAUCUUGGGAGUUAAAGGGUUAAUGUCCGCGACAAAGAGAUCAUUUGUCCAAAAAAUUAAUAUGUGGCCGAGAACGAAGCUACGGAGGCAAACGUGAAAUUUGUGGACAAUCUUUUACAGAUCAUUACCAACCGACAUACCAGUAAGCCAGAAAGGGGUGAAUUUAUAUAACCCUCCCUCCCAUAGACUUUCAUUUCGUACGUUGACAGUAAAUUUUGUUAACGUUUUUGUACUAUCCGUAGCAGCACUUGAGAUAAGUUUUUUUUUUAAUGUCACUAUCACUGGAUUCUACAAAACGAGUACCUUUUUCUUUCAUGUUAAGUAAUAAAGGUUAAAAGGUGAAACACUUCACCUGGUUUUUUCCGCUGGCUUUGUUUCUUUUCAACGAAAAUAAUCGGAGAACAAAUAUCGACGUAAACGGAGGUUAGAUGUUAGAGUAGCCAAUAGAAUCGCUAAGAUAUUAUUGGAGGGGUUAUAAUGCGCCUAACACGAGUAUAUGUAAUUGUAACUGCUCAGACAGAGCAUGCUCAGCAUUACCAAUGAUCACAAUGAAGAAGAUGCGUAUAAGAAAUGUGUCAGGCCUAUUGAACGUUCAUUGGCCUGUGUGAACCUCCUUGAGUAUAAAAAGGAGUAUGAAAGCAUAACUGCCAAUGGGGGGGGAAUCAUCUGAAUACUACAGAGCCUUCGGUAGGGGAUUUUGUGAAUUUUCUUGUGACACAACCACAAUCCUCUGACCCCUACUCCCCGGUCCCCCUACACCCCUAUCCCCCUAAAUCCCGGUCCCUCUACACUCCUGUCUCUAUGAGUAUUUGAGUAUUGAGCAUAAAUUUCAUUGGACUGCAUAUGACUCACCAUCUUUUUUAUUUCAGGUUCCUACCACAGACUUCCCGAAUCUUGCAAAGAGAUCUGGGAGAAUUCUAGGUAGGCAUGUAAGAACCGUCAUGGAAAAUCUCCUCAAUUCCAAUAGUUAGGACGUCACCAUUGAUCCCCGAAAUGUAAAAAUAAAUCCAAAACCUGAAUAAAAGUUAACUCAAGGUUUUGUUCUUGUGUAUUAAUUUAAUCCUGCAUGGGAAAAUCUCAAAAUAGUUGAAAAAUGUAAAGAGAGCGCUGACUGAACCAACUGAAUUAUCCUUAUUGUUUUGAACUCAGAGCUUGAGAUCACACGACCUUUAGUUCACGUAGACCGAAUACAUCCUGCACUGCAGCAGAUCUCAUUCUGCGUGCGUAAAACAGAUUUCCGGCUCUAUUUUCUCACUCAUUUACUCGUUUUUAGUUGAUUACACUCAGUCAAACAAUGAUAGUAAUGAUAUUAAACUGAUACUAACAAAGUAAUAGUAGUGGGUUAUAUUUUGGUCGCUGAAGUCUUGAAUCGUUCUAUUAUAAGGUAUUGGUAUUAAAAGUCAUUCUUUUCUUCGUUGUCCUUCAGAGUCCGAGUGGAUGGGUCCUAUUGCAUCCGGGCUAACUCAUCUGCUAAGUAUGCAAACGUAUUCUGUCACAUGACUCCUAUUCUCGGAUGUGGGGAUGGCGGAUGGACGCUUGUCAUGAAAAUCGAUGGACACAAGGUAUUCUGGGUCCCUGGGCGCGCGGUUCUGAUAAAUGAAUAACUCAUAACUCAACCACCAGAUGAAUAGUCAUUGUGAGAUUGCUAGUUGGUUUAUUUAGCUAUGCAAUGUAACUAGCGGUACUUAACAUUUCACAACGAGUCCUUUGCCCAAGAUAAUGAUACACACAGAAAAUCAGAGUGCUACAGAAGUCGAACCAAUGCUUGAGUUUCCGCUUAAGAUUUUGGAUGCUGUACCACUAUGUCAUAGGUCACUCUGAUAUUGCAUUUUCAGCCAAACCACAUUCCACCGCUUAAUAGCAUAACAAAUUUGUUCCGUCCGCAAAUGUUUUCCAUUUACCAGGCUAAAGGCUCUUUUGUUGUUUAUAUUAAAAAAUUCAUCUAUUUGCAAGCUGCUAAACUACGCAUAUGAAAUCAUUUUUUUCUCGUAAACGCCAACCGAAUGCCUUUUUUUUGUAUAGCCGCGCUUAAGGACCAUGUGCUUUAACUAAAUAUAGAAUUUAAAUUAUUAUUAUCAGUCGGAAGAAGGGCAUGGUAUGUUCUCUCACCGCAUCCAUUCUUGUUCAGGCCUAAUAUAUAACAUGAUGAUCCAGCCUGAUCAUCCCUGUAGAUUAGAGUUACGCGCGUUUAGACACACUGCCUAAACCUGGUUGAUUCGUGUAAACCUUGGGAAAAACUCGUGUAAACCUGCCCGAGGGAAAUGUAGAUAUUGGCGCAAGCCCCGUUCUGAGAAGUGCCUGAGGAGGAUCCUGGAAUUUUCUCAGGGAGGGGGUGCACCUCCGAGGAAUAACGUAACUGACGGGUGACGUGAACAAAUUUUGGGAGCGAACUAUGAAGAAGUCCUAUGACAAGGUAAUAAGAUAAUCUGAACUGCUGAGAGUACAAAUCACACGACACAGUAGAUUUUGUAUGACCGUGAAGUUGUAUUAGAAAGCUACUCAUCAACUCAGGGGAGGGGGACGGUAAGCACCCCCUGCACCCCUCCUCUAGGUCCGCCACUGAAUGGGAAAUGUAACAUCUGUCACUCUGUUCUUGUUAUUCAAUUCGCUGUAGCAAACAUUCAACUACUCUUCUGAAUACUGGAAUAACACUUUUGGUUACAACGAGGCUGCUGGAACAAACCUCGAUGAUGUAGAAACAAAGCUGAGUAGCUACUGGUCUACACCAUUCAAUCGACUCUGUUUGGGCAUGAAAUAUCCUCAAAACGGGGAGACAAACUGGAUUGCACUAAACUAUAAUGGCUUUUCUUUAAGAGAUGUUAUCAGAGACGGAACUUCCCGGGCGACAAACGUGAGCGCAACAGAGUGGAAAAAGCUGCUGAAUAACUCAGACAUCCAGGUAAAGAGUCAACGGUCCAACAUAUUGUCGUGAUCAUGCAUUAAUUUCCCGAGUUGUUUGAAAACCCCGGUUAGAAAAAGAGAAAUUUUCGUAUUGAUCUGCAUACCAGAGUCUCUCAGUUUUCCUGUACGUGUUGUACCGAGUCACUCAAAAUUGAUUUCAGUUGAACUUUUAACGUACGUAUUGGAAACAACAACAACAACAGUAGUAGCAAGAAAAGACAGACACACGCGCACGCACACACACACAUACAAAAAAAAAGCAAUUAAAAAUAGAUCAGGAAGAAGUAUAAAUAUUCAAAAUACUUGCUUUUUCCGUUUUAUACCUCGUCCAUUUCGCGAGAAUACUUAUUUUUUCUUUCUAGAUGAAGGAUAAGUUAAUACUAGGAGGUGUAAUUCUUUCAUUGCUGAUACAUAACUGACUUUGAGCUUAUUCCCUCGUUAGGACGGAUGCCAAAUACAAGGUUUUAACAGCAUUAACAAAGGUUUUGAUUUUGAUUUUGAUUUUGGCAACGGUGCAAAGGCUCGCAUUGGAAUCAUUGGUUGUCAAUUCAGAUGUAAUCAAUCUGCGGGGUCCAGAAUUGGGUUUGGUACCGAGGGAGGUUUUUUUGACAUGGAUAAUACCAAUUCUUGUGGAAACGAACUAAGAGGUGAACGUGAAAAUUCAACGUCGAUCAAAGCAUUUGGCUACAUUUUUGUUCAAUAAUUUUGAAGUGCCAUCACUGUAAAUAUCAUAUGGUAGUUUAGGCAUGUAAGGUAUUGUCUAUAUUAUUGAGUCAUUCGAGCAUUUAGGUUACAGUCAAAAACAAAAGACAAAAGAAAACGAAGGACUAGAAAGAAAUGGGACUUCCGAAAAAUAUGACAUUUUCUAUACCGCUUAAAUCGAUAUCCGGCAUUAGUUCUUCCGAGUAAGUUAGCAACUGUAAUUACUUAACGCUGAUCGAGCAAUUUUCAAUUGUGUCGCCAGUAACCCGGAUUGCUUUGUUUUGCUUUACUUCGCUCUAUGAUUGGUUCAGAAAACUCGCGCCACUCAACCAAUCAGAUGCAAAUCUAAAUCAAUCUCGACUUGGACGCUUGCGUUUUCCGCGCCUUAGGCAGUUUGAUCAGUUUCACUUUGAGUUCCCAUCGGUUUUUAGAGGUAUUCUUCCCUCUUCUGAGAGCAUGGCUGUUUUGCUUGCUUUGGUUUUGCAUAGUUUUACGACACUCAAUCGAAAAAUGCUCCCUCUCUUUUUUAAAAAAAAAACUUCUACGUGAUAUGUUGAAGUGAAUGUCAUUAGUUUGUUUGCUGAGAUAUUUGAGCGCGAGCAUUGUAUUUAGACCCUAUAUAUAAUUACAUUAACAGUUAUGCAUAUAAAGCAAAAACCACGCUUGUGCAGUGAGCUAUUUUUUUCAGUCUACGGAUCUUUUUAGCUAAAUAUCAAAGAA